GUGAGCCUCUUUCACAUGCCUUCAUGGAUGGCACUACUUACAGUUUCUUCUCAUCUAUCUUAAGUGAAACCACAAAGACUGGGAAGACUCCUUUAACUGUUAGAAAGUUAUUUAAAAGACUAGAAGCUAUGUUCUUUCCUUGCCACAUUAGACAUGAUCUUUUUUCUGAACCUCUUGAUACUGAUCACCUAUUGCUUAUGACAUCAGCACCAUCAUUUUCUAACACUUAACAAGACAAUGUAUGCCCUGUCCUCUUGUGUGUUUUCUAGUUGUCUUCCCAUUACAGGUGGUAUAGUUCAUGGAGCUCCCCUGACCUAGCCACUCUCCCUCUUUUAGGGCGUGCAGUGUACACAGAGACUCAGUUAUCUGGGGAUAGAUGCCAGACUGUUAUCGAAAAGAGGAAGGCUGAGUCAUCAGGGUACAGAGAAUAGAGAGAGCCUGAAAGACUGUAUGCAUUCUGUGACCGUGGCACCUUUAGGCUCAGACUCUACGACCAUACAGACUACCAGACACCCUCAUCUGAAUACCAUGUCAUGUGUCCAGCUUCUCCUGGACAAAUGAAGGUCUGUGAUGCUAUGCAUGACUUGGGAAACAGUAGGACUUUGUGAUGCAGUCUAGUGGUCUGGUUCUGUCCUCUAUGAGGCAGAGAUGACAGGUCUAGAAUUUGUAGGCAUUAAGUUCUAAGACCCUGAAAGCCUAGGAAGCCUAGGAAGAGUGAUGGCUUGUGAGGUUUAGAUUAUGUUGAACCCUACCUUUAUUCUGUGGGAUGUUGGAUAUCCCUUGUACACUUAUGGCUCCAUUAUCAUUAUUGCAUUAAUUAUUUGGCAAGUGAGAAAGACUCACCAAGAUUUAAGAUUGGGACCUAACAGGAGCUGCUGCCGGCGUCACCGGAAAGUCAAACAAAAGGCGAAAGAUAAAACAUCAAGAGCGAGGAAACUUUCCUGGAAAGAAGCUGAGAAGCCGUGGGAGCUGCUCUCUGUCAUGAGAAGCCAGGGCUGGCUUCCUCAGGAGGGGAGUGUGCGGCGGCUCCUAUGUGCAGAUCCAUGCUGCCACAUCUGCAAUGCUGUGGCUCUGGAGAUUCAGCAGUUGCUAUCGGGUGAGACCACCCACACCACCCCAGCUUCAUCAGGGCCAUCUCAGGGAUCCUCUUGCCUAGAGAUUAUGUCCGUGUCUAGUCUCUCUUUUGAUCAGAGUCAGGAUUCUGUGCACUCCAAAGAGCUUUCACUUCCACCAGCAACCUGCACAGUGUCACAGCUAACACAUCAGAAAUCCUUAACCCAGUCAGUUGCCAAGACAGCUGCCAAGUCAGCCAGUGCAGUCAGCAUCCAUGAUUACUGGGCUGACCACCGGCAACUAAGGCAGGGAUUUCAAGGGCCAGAGGUGUCCUGGGAUGCCGGAGUUCUGUCUUCUUCAAGCCUUGAAGAGCGUAGGAUUCCUGUGAACCAGCAAGACAAGAAGAAGAGGAAUUCUGAAUGUGUCCCAGAGAAACAAGAAGCUGCAGAAGCUGGCUUGGGAGACAAGACAAAGCACUUUACACACCGGAUUCGCCCAAAGGUGAAAGUUCAAGGGCAUAAGGAAUCCGCUCACCUCUCUAAGGAUGAGAAAGUGGCCAAAACCAAGACAGAAAAGGUUGAGAAGAGUCCACCACCCACCAAAUGCCCUGUGAAGGGAGCUAAGUCGGAGAAGACAACAGAGGAGGAGGGCAUGACCUUCUUUGAUGCCCUCCAGUGCCUUGACAACGAGUUCCAGCAACGCUCCGUUCAGUCCAGCCAUUCCUGGACCCUGUGCCUUUCCCGCAACAGCUCAAAGCACUGUCCUCAGCUGACUUGUUCUACACAUUCAAAAAACCCACCCCAUGUCUCAACUCUCACCUCAGCAGAAGCCACUUGUCUACACAAGGAGAAUACCCAGUCCAGGAAAAAGGAGUUCACAGGUUCCCAAACUUCUGCAUCCUCCUGAAAAAGGCUGUCAUCAUCAUUUCCAUUAAUAUAUAGGUGAGGCAGGACCCUCUCCAAAUAUACUCAGUACCUCUAAGCAAAGAACCACCUGUCUGUGCCUCUCAUUUUCAAUGUGGUGUGUGAGGGAGAGAGUAGAGGAGGUAGAUUGUAUUUCCCAUAUGGUAGGGAAUCUUAAGCCCAUAUUUUAGAUAGGUCAGCAUUCUACAUAACUCUUUCGGUUCCACCCUGGACUGUGGAUAAAGGGAUUUGAGCAGAGAAGGAAGACCCUCAUCUAAGGUUCAUUGAAGGUAAAGAUCAGACCUGACUUCCAUGGCUUUGUAUGUUGUCUUUGGGCCCCAGAGGAGCAAAGUGUUCAUGUUGAUAGUACAAAGAAGUGAUGGCUGGGAAUCUAGUGCAUUUUUGACCCAGGGCACAAUUCAUCAGUAACUUCUAUAUGUGCCCACAAUCUGGUGGGAAGAUUUUUAGAGGAGUGUUACAUUGCUCUCUCCUUGAGGAGGUACUUUCUGUGUAUCAAAAGCCUGUAGCUAAUAUGACCAGACGUUAAAAGCAAAUGAUAGAAUCUCCUCUCUCUGCACCCUGUUGUGUUAUUGAUUAGAUUUUAAGGGGUAAAUCAUCUGGGAGCUUGCUGUAGCCCUGUUACCUGUUUGACCCCCACUGCCUUUCAGCUGCAUGGAAUAAAUGCCUCCUAGAAUGAAGAUCAGUUGAUGAGAAUGUCCCCAAAAGAGUCACAAUAAAAAUGACUUUGAGGGCAUCCUGCAUUCAACAAUGAACAUAUUUGAGUACUUACUGUGUGUCAGGAACUAUGCCAGACACAACAGUAACCUAGACACAGGCCUUGCCUCCACAGGAAGCAUGAAAGGAGAGCAGUUGGUGAUAGCGAGUGCAAUCAAUUCAAGGAGGUUUGUUUCACAGAAGUGCAGAAAAGUGGGGAUAGAGCUGUAGGAGGAAGUGGGCCCCAGAGAGUUUGUUUUUUUUAAAAAAGAGAGAGACAUAACAUGUUGGAUGUUGACAGAAAUGAUGCAGUUGAGGAGGGAUAAGUGAUGAU